AUGCGGUCGUUGCUGUUGCUUCAGUUAUUUCUGAGUAUUGUUGCAGCUCAGAGCAAUGACUGGAGUAAAGGGAUUUCAUCACUCUUGUCAAGACCAUCACAUGAAGAACUGCCGAAUUUCUACGAAGCCCCCAGCGAACCGUUUCACAAGAGGGUAAAGCGGGCAAUCUAUGCUACGCUUGGUUUUACAAGCCAGUGCGAACCCGGAUGGACUGGACAGUAUUGCGAGAAUCGGAUUUCAUCACUCUUGUCAAGACCAUCACAUGAAGAACUGCCGAAUUUCUACGAAGCCCCCAGCGAACCGUUUCACAAGAGGGUAAAGCGGGCAAUCUAUGCUACGCUUGGUUUUACAAGCCAGUGCGAACCCGGAUGGACUGGACAGUAUUGCGAGAAUCCUGUAUGUAGCGAUGUCGGCAAACUUCCUCAAAGUACGGUUGAUUAUCAGCUUAUCGAUAUCCUGAAUCUACCAUCUGGAUGCACUGGAAGAUACUAUGUGCCGAUCGAUAGCAUGACUCCGAUACUCACCGUUGAGAUAAACGCAGCUGGGAGACCAUAUCCGAACCUGACUGAUUCGAACGGAAAUGUGAUGCCAUGUGACGGCAGUGUUAAUGAGGGAUACACACUUUGUCGCUACAUUAAUAUCAUACCGGGACCAUACCAACUGACAGUCGAUAACGGUGGUGUGCCAACGUCAAAUUGUCUUGUUCAAGUCAUCUCAUACAGUGGUCUGUCGGUCGUUCAAAGGUUUACGCUGUCACCGCAAACCGAUGUCGCCCCGAUCUCAGAGUCGGCCAUUGAAGGCCAGCCAAUGUACUUCGUCACUCAUGUGAACAAUUUGACCAUGCCAGGAGAAGUUCGUGCCGUGACCGUUCGCACGGACACAUCCACAGUACCUGUGUAUCGAUCAUUGUUGACGAAACGUUUCAUCUGUGCGUACGAGUACUACGCUGGCCAAUUUAUCUGCAACCGGCAAAAUCGAUACGUUUACCAUGUUGAUGGUGUCGAUGCGUUCGGGUUUGCUUACAGGAGAUCCGGAACAUUUUCGUGCAUCCAACCAGUACCAACCACAGCAGCACCGCCGACGACUCCGUCGACAACUGUCAAUUGUGCGAAUGGCGGUACUCCUCUCUAUCAGGGUACCGUAAAUGCGACAUGCUUCUGUCCAGAGUUAUUCCACGGAAGAGAAUGCAAUAUGGUGAAUUGUAUGAAUGGUGGGACUCCACUACCAGGAAAUCUACAGUGUCAAUGCCCUCCCGGCUAUCAGGGCACUAACUGUGAUAUAGUGCAAUGCACCAGCGAUAUAGGACCAUACCUGACGGAUUUCAAGACCCUCGUCAUAGUGCUCAGAACCACGACAUCGAUGAGCAAGUAUGCCUCACAAAUUGUGAACGCCAUCACAGCUGAGUUGGAAAGCAACGCAGCCUUCGACUACAGCGUCUACAAUAACUACGUACUAGUGAAGUUCGCCAACGGCAAGUACGACACGACUUUUUAUGGGCAGAGCUACUUGCAGAAUUUCCUCAAUGACAUCAUGUCAGCUAUCUACUCGACAACCGUAGGCGGCUGUGAUGAAGCAACGUUCGAUCCGAUUGCCAGUGUCUUCCUGGAGCCACUCAACCCGAAAUCGGUCGUUUACGUGUUCACGGAUGUCAUUGCAUCUGAUGUUGAUGGAUGGCGUAAAGUGGCUGAGUCUAACACAAGGAGGAAAUUACCUAUCUACAUGAAUAUUCUGCCGAACGAUAAUUGCACAGUGAACGAGUAUUCAGAAGGAUAUCGGGCACUACUUCGAGCAGCUGCAUUCAGUGGUGGUCUUACUCAAACUCCUACACUGCAGUCACUCGAAAAGAUAUUCCAAUUUACGUUGAAAUCAACAGCCUAUCGAAUGAACGCCGUGUUGACCGACGAUCUACCCCAAUGUGAUACCAAAGGCUCUCGAAUCUUUUUCGCUGACACGUCAUCAGAAAAGAUCGUUAUCGUUGGAGUUGGAGAGAAUCUCGUGCUCUCGGUCACUGAUCCGAAUUGGAAUCAAAAUUCUGCGUUGCUUAUCUACACAUCGGGAUCAUCCUACUUCUGGGAAAUCACAAAUGUGAUUCCUGGAGAGUACUUGCUCUCACUGAGUUCUCAAAAUGUGCAGUUGCCGUGUUCAUAUCGUGUCAUGGCCAUGUCUGACUACGACCUCUUCCUGGCCACUUCUAGUGUCAUCGAUGAGGAGGCGGGUGACAGUGAACCUGUCGUUGGGAAAUCAAAGCACAUCGUCGCUCAACUCAAUGGUCUCGUCAAAGCCGUCCAGGAUCCAUUCAGACUAUUCGCUGAAAUUACCAUCACCACUAAUUUCAACAAUGAGCAACGAGUAGGCGAGCCAAUGUACUACUCGAAUGGAAAAUACCGCAGUGGUUGUGGUUAUCAUCUCUACUUCGGAGCAGCAAACUUCUGCCAGUUCAAAGAUCAGCAGUUCUAUGCUACGGUAUACGCCGACGAUAACAAUGGCUAUACUAUUCAACGUACUACUACCGGAUAUUGUUCAUUAACUGAAACAACUCCACUCCCACCGACAGCUUGCCAAAAUGGUGGUGUUGUUGACCCCAAUAAGAAUCAGACGUGUAUUUGUCCACCCAACUACGCCGGAGAUCAUUGUGAGACUGCAAUCUGUCAGAACGGAGGUACCAGUCUUGGUUCCUAUUGCGCAUGUGUUCCAGGAACUGGCGGAACUUUCUGCGAAUUGUAUGCGUGUACGGAUACAAACACGAAUCCAAAAAUCUCUUUUGACGGCCAAUCGAUGUCGUUCGUACUUUCGGCUCGUCCCACGAUGCAGACAGCCCUCUCCUCCAUUGCUGCCGGAAUCACUGAUUUCGUUCGAGAUGUGCAGGACUCGUCAGCUGACUGGAUCGUCACCUGGAAUCUCAUCGUCGUCAAUAAUCUCGAGGCUUCCAUGGUUUACACUGGAAAGAAUCCGAACGAUUUUGUGAUGAAUGUGAAGGCAGUGGCGGCCAACCUCAACAACUACACAACACCUGGAGCAACGAACUGCUCUGUAGCGAUCGAGGCUGGAAUGCUCCUGGCUACUUACUAUUCAGAGCCUCGUUCAUCUGUUUAUCUCUUUGCUGAUUCCGAUGGACCUGAUACCGAGUCUUUCAUAACAUUGUACUCCCAUGCUACAGAAUACCAAAUAUCGUUGAACUUGAUUGGUGUGGGUAAUACGAUUUGCACUGAUCCAAAGAAUAAUGGUCAGUUCCCGGAUUACCUCCAGAGCCUUGCUUCAAUGACAGCCGGUUUUGUUUACAUGACGGCACAAGUCGACAAGAUGUUGCCGUUCAUCUCGUCAUUCUACAAGUCUGGUAUCGCUUCUCGAGUGUACUUCAACGAUUGCUCCAAGGGUGUAACCUACUAUGUUCCAAUUGACUCAUCAACGGAAUCGUUCACAUUGGCUGUGAGUGGACAGAAUCUCACAAGCGUUGUCGUCACCCUACCUGAUGGCACACCUGGGCUCUACAACAUUCUUUCGGUACCAAUGAUAGAUGAUCCUGAGCUCAACAUCCAGCAGUUCAUCCAAGCUUGCGAUGGGUUCCAGUGGAACUACAGGGAUCAGUACUGCUACAGAUUCUCCCCAGAACGACUAACAUGGCUGAAAGCAAAUCAGUUCUGUCACGGUAUUGGAGGUUACAUGGCUGAUGUGCACAGUCAAGCUAAGGACGACUACAUUAAAGCUCAAACCGGCGGCGCCGCUGCUUGGAUUGGCCUCAUUAGAAAUAACAACGACUGGGUUUGGGAUGUGCCUACCGGUAACAGCUAUCAGAGUCUGGGAGAUUACACCAACUGGGCUCCAGGAGUCGAUCCUAACAACACCACAUUCAACUGUGUUGUGUCCGACAAGGAUGGAUUCUGGGUUCCAACCGAUUGCAACCAGCAGAACUUCCCUGCUUGUCAGAAAUAUCGCUAUGGACAGGGCCUGACACCAGGAAACAACACGAAUAUGGUACCAGCGGGUAUGUGGAAGGUUCAAGUGCAGACCACGCAGGGAACUUGCCAUGCUCAUGUGCGAGCACAGUCAGAUAUUCAGGUCUUCUAUGGUUUCACCCUUUCACCAAAUGGCGACUAUCCGGAAUUAUAUGCCAAUUCACAGUCAGACGCCAACUACCUUGUUGCGGAUGCCGUCGGUUUACUACCUUUCCACUUUGACGUACUACCAUCGCUUGAAGGACGGCUUAACUAUGCCAUACUCGGCUACGACUUCAAUAUGACAAUGCCCCUGGUCAUGCAGGACAGAUGGUUGUGUGGAUAUCCUCAAGUCUCGACCAAAUUCACAUGCCCACAGAAGGGUUCUAUCACUGAAUUCUUCGUAAAGUUCUCUGGGAUCGAUCAAUUUGGUUAUUCAUUCGAUCGAUACACAAAUGCUAUUUGCGCCCAAGCGGGCGUUAACUGUAAGAAUGGUUUCUCUUACAACGGACAAUGCAUCUGUUAUCCUGGUUACGAAGGUCUUACAUGCGAAACGCCGAUUUGCCAGAACUAUGGCUACGUGAAGAAUGGAGUCUGCCAAUGCCUCAGCUCCUACAGCGGAACAUUUUGCGAACUCCCGGUCUGCGUGCAGAAGUCCAAUCCCACGUUCUCUGAUACUGGAAGAACGUUCGUAAUCAUGCUUGAGACUUCGUACAACAUGGGUAGCACAAUAUUCCAAAUGAAAAGGAGCCUCAAAAAAGCUUUGGAUAGUAUACAGAGUGAUCCCACAACAGCUGGAUGGUUCAGCAAGUUCAUACUCUACCCCUUUGAUUCCACUUCCAAUCAACAAUACUGGUAUCCACCCGUCAUCGCAGAUAACUCUGAUGCCAUUGUUGCUGCUGUGAAUAACAUUACUACAAUGUCAUGUCCUGGUCCUGACGGAUGCUCACCAGAUUGUCCACGGCCGAUUAUGGGUGCUUUAAAAAAAGUCCUUGCACUGCCUGAUCUUGUCAGUCCAAACUCAGUUGUUCUCAUCGUAACACGCUCAUCGCCUGAGGACUACCCACUGGUCAAUGGCAUGAUCCAGACUCUGAUUGACAGCAAAGUUCAGAUCAACUUCGUGCUUCCUGCAAUCACGUCACCUUGUGGUGAGGGUUGGAACACGCCCGCAGCAAAUGCCAUGUACACGGCUACCAGUUACAGCGAUGGAAAUGUGUUUGUUAUGUCACCGGUUGAUUUUGCUGUGAACUUCCUUCAGCAGUAUCUACCAUCCCUAUACAGAUCGGCUGGUCUUGAGUAUGGCAGUACCACGAACUGCACUUACCAGGAGUACUUGUUCCAGGUCGAGCAUUCAUUUAUGGUUCACAAUGGUGAUUAUAUUCCUUUGCCUCCCAACCUUAUCGCCAGCGACACCAACUACCUUGGAGUAAUACAGGUGAAUGACACCGGUGCAGUUAGAGCUGGUACCUAUCGUCUGACGAUGUCUGGAGGAGGAGGCUCCUACUGCAAUAUGAAUAUCAGAGGUCGUGGAGCCAUUGAGAUUGACGCAUUUCAUAGAUCUAUCCAGCCUACGUCCGAUCCUCAAGCGACGCCUAUGGAGGAGCCACAAACGAUAUUGCUCACUAUGCUCCAGUCCUCGGCACAUGAAAAUAAUACCAUCGUUGUUCAUGCUGAUGGACUCGUUAAUGGAACGCUCACCUAUGUGCAGGUUAUUGCACCUGGUGGUACUGGACUGCAACAUACUUCAGUACUGAUGCUACGUGACAUUAACACGUGCUCUUAUGAGUAUUACGCACCUGUGCCCUUCUUCUGCAGUUACGAGCAGUACAUUAUCAUCGUCUACGGUAUUGAUUCGCAAGGAGCUACGUUCCGUCGGAAAUACCUCACGAAUUGCGUAUCAAGUCGCCCACCUCCAUUACCGCCUAAGCCUACCUGUGAUUUGGGUGCCGUGACCCAAGACUUGCUAUUCAUUCUUGAUUCUUCUCAACAGAACGCAAAUUCUGAGAGCACUUUCAACAGCAUACGCGACUUUGCCGUGAAAACUCAGCUACCGUUCCGGUUUUCUUCUGACUAUGCUCAAGUCGCUGCCAUGACCCUAGCUGAUACGGCUCAGGGUGGUUUUUCGUAUAAUGCUGCCGAACAUAGCUUUGAUAAUGUUCAAAUGCUACUCUCCAACCUGACGUUCCUUGGUCGACCUGGACAAAAUGUGACAAGUGCCAUGCAGCUCACUAUAAAUUCUUACGGCAGCGAGAAUCAAGGCUAUCGUCCAUCAGCACGCCAUUUGAUGGUAUACGUUACUAACAGCAACCCGACUGAUGAUGAUCCGGCUGGUUUGCUAUAUGCCCUUCGACGACAAGGACUCUAUCAAGUAGCGAUUGUCACCGUAAAUCUCACACCAAGUGAUAAACUUCUCUCACUGGUGAACGAGAGAUGCAUGUAUCAAGCAGCGAAUGUGGACGCUUUGAUGUCAUAUGGAGUGGACUUUGUUCAAGGACUGGCAUGCGCGGACCCUCCUCUGUGUGGCAACUGA